UGCGGCUGCGAAGGCGCCGGGCGAGCGAAGGGUGAAGGGCUCUGCCCGCCGCCUCCAGCCCUGAGGGUCAGCGUGGCCGGAGGGUCCUGCUGGCCCUGUCCCCGUCCUAAACGACAAGGACAGACCCCGCCAGCGGUGACAGCUCCGAAGCCACCCGGCCUUUUGUCUGCCAGCCGAGCCAGAUGUGCGGGCAGCUGUGGCGGGGGGUGGCAGGCGGUGACAGCGGCGCCGGGGGACGGGGACAGACUCGGAGGGAAUGACCCCGAGGAGGAGCCCGGAAGAUGCAGCCGAGCACAGGAACGACUCCUUUGGAGAGGAAGAAGAGGCCCAGCUCUGACUGAGGUGCCCCCAGCGCUCUGAGCUCCCAUUUCGGGGGUGCCAGGCAGGGCCCGACGCUUCCAGGGGCUCGCAUGGAGCAUCUCCCGCCACAGGCGCCGUCCCCGCCUCGCCGUCACCGCUGUCACGCCGCGGCCAGCUCUGGAUGCUCCCUGUGACCUUCUCCAGCCCAAAAUGAGAGGCCUCCAGCCCAGCUGCCUCCUGCUGUGCGUGGUGGCCGCCAGCGCCAUGCCCACGGUGCCCUGGCGCGUGGCGUGUCCCCCGCGCUGCGCGUGCCAGAUCCGGCCCUGGUACACGCCCCGCUCUGCCUACCGCGAGGCGGCCACGGUGGACUGCAACGACCUCUUCAUCACCUCGGUGCCCCCGGAGCUGCCCGAGGGCACCCAGACCCUGCUGCUGCAGAGCAACAACAUCGCCAGGCUGGAGCAGGGCGAGCUGGGCUACCUGCGGAACCUGUCGGAGCUGGAUCUGUCGCAGAACAGCUUCUCCGACAUCUGGGAUUUCGGGCUCAGGAACAUGCCCCAGCUGCUCAGCCUGCACCUGGAGGAGAACCAGCUCUCCGAGCUGCCCGACAGCAGCUUCCCGGGCUUGGGGAACCUUCAGGAGCUCUACCUGAACCACAACCGGCUCCGCAGCAUCGCCCCCCGCGCCUUCGCCGGCCUGGGCAGCCUCCUGCGGCUCCACCUCAACUCCAACCUGCUGAGGACGCUGGACAGCCGCUGGUUCCAGACGCUGCCCAGCCUGGAGAUCCUCAUGGUCGGGGGGAACAAGGUGGACGCCAUCCUGGACAUGAAUUUCCGGCCCCUGGGCAACCUGCGGAGUUUGGUGCUGGCCGGGAUGCAGCUGCGGGAGAUCUCGGAUUACGCCCUGGAAGGGCUGAGGAGCCUGGAGAGCCUCUCCUUCUACGACAACAAGCUGGCAGAUGUCCCCAAGAGGGCUCUGCAGCAGGUGCCCGGCCUGAAAUUCCUGGAUCUGAACAAGAACCCGCUGCAGAGGGUGAAGCAGAGCGACUUCACCAACAUGCUGCACCUCAAGGAGCUGGGCCUCAACAACAUGGACGAGCUGGUGUCCAUCGACCAGUUCGCCCUCAUCAACCUCCCCGAGCUGACCAAGCUGGACGUCACCAACAACCCCAAGCUGUCCUUCAUCCACCCCAAGGCCUUCCAGCACCUUCCGCAGCUGGAGACGCUGAUGCUCAACAACAACGCCCUAAGUGCCUUGCACCGGCAGACGGUGGAGUCGCUGCCCAACCUGCAGGAGAUCAGCAUCCACGGGAACCCCCUGCGCUGCGACUGCGUCAUCCGCUGGGUCAACAGCACCCGGCCCCGCGUGCGCUUCAUCGAGCCCCAGUCCACGCUCUGCGCCGAGCCCCCCGACCUCCAGCGCCGCCACAUCCGCGACGUCCCUUUCCGGGAGAUGACGGAGCAGUGCCUGCCGCUCAUCUCCGCCCGCAGCGUCCCGGCGCGCCUGGAGGCCGAGGUCGGUGACAACGUGGCCCUGCACUGCCGGGCGCUGGCGGAGCCGGAGCCGGAGAUUUACUGGGUGACGCCGGCCGGGGUGAAGCUGCUGCCCUUCGGGGACGACGGGAAGUUCAAGGUGCACUCCGAGGGGACACUGGAGAUCCGCGGGAUCGCGGCGCGCGAGGCCGGGCUCUACACGUGCGUGGCUCACAACCUGCUGGGCGCCGACACCCGCGGCGUCCGCGUGCUGGUCAACCGCUCCUUCCCGCUGGGCCAGGCCGAGCUGGAGCUGCUGGUGGUGGACGUCCAGCCCCACCACGUCCUGCUGGCCUGGCGGCCGUGCCUCAACGCCGUCUCCUCCAACCUCACGUGGGCCAGCUCGGCGCUGGGCUCGCGGCUGGGCGCGGCGCGGGUCCCGGCGGGCACCCACAGCUUCAACGUCACCCGGCUGCGCCCCGACACCGAGUACCGGGCGUGCCUGCACGUCACCUUGGUGGCACCGCCGGUCAGGGUGGCCUGUGUCACCGCCAGGACUAAAGAGGCCACGCGGGGGAUGCCGUGGGGACAGGGGACGCUGGUGGCGGCGCUGCUGCUGUGCCUGCUGCUCCUGGGGGCGGCGGCGCGCGCCGGAGCCCGGCGGGAAUCGCUCCGAAGGGCCGGGGCUGUGCGUGUGGUUUAUCCCGUGCAGCCCCGGGGACACCUCCUGGCCGUGGAGGUGCAGGCGGCGCCCCUGGAGUGCUGAGGGAGGACGGAUUUUGGGGGGGGGUUCAACGGGAUUUUGGGGUGGGUGGGGAGGCGGGAAAGGGUUUUUUAGCAAAAAAAAAAAAAAAAGACGGACGGUGGGGAAAAAAUGGGAUUUCGUGGACAUGAGGAGCCUCAGGAUCCAUGGGAGAGGAGCCUCUGGUGGUCCUGGAUCCGUGUGGAGGGGCUGGAUUUGGCCAUGGAUUUCAAAAAAACCCGCUGGGAAGAUGGGAGGGGAUGGAGAACGCUGUGGGGACGAUGCCCCGAGCGGGUGAAGAGCCAUAAAAGGAACCCCAAAUCUGCGUCCCCCUGGCACCAGGGACACCCCAGAGGUGUCACCUCCCUCACUGGACAGUCCUUGCCUUGGAAAUACAAAAAAAACCACCCUUAAAAACCCUAAAAAGAAGAGGUUUCUUCCUUUGGAUCUGUGUGGGGUCUGGGGUUUCUUUUUUGGAGCCUUGGGAUCAUCAAACAAAGCAAUCCCAGUGUCACUUCCCCCGCUGGACAGUCCCUGCUUUGGAAAUACAAGAAAAACCUGAAAAAAACCCUAAAACAAACAGGUUUUUUUUCCUUUGGGAUCUGUGUGGAGUUUGGGGUUAUUUCUGGGGGUUUUUAGGAGUGUUUGGAUCAUCAAACCAAGUGUCACCCCCUGCUCUGCCACUGCUGUCACCAGGGGGAAGCAGGAAGGGAGGAUUUGGGAUUAGAAGAAUGGGAAAUGGUGACGGUGACACUUCCCUGUGGGGCUGGAUGGAUCUUGGAUCCCACAAGAUCCCAAAAGUUUUGUGGAUAAAGGGUAAACCAGGGGAGAAAAAAAAAAAAAAAAAAAGAAGAAAAACAGGAAGAGGGGAGGAAGUAGGAAAAAAAACCUGGGAAUGUUGAGAUGCACCGCUGGAAUUUGGGAUAGGGGGAAACCUUGGAUUUGUGGGUUUGGAAAAUCAGGAAAACCAACCCCCAGCCAUGGGAUGGUGUCCCUGAGCACCUUUUCCAGCCGGGAAUGUGGAUCCUGGAAGCAGGGAGAGCAGCAGGAGCUGGGCGUGGGUGCCCUCUAGUGAGCUCCACCUUCUCCGGGAGCCCUGAUCCCGAAAAACAGCUGGAAAAGGGAGAAAAACUCCGCUCGGAAUUGUCACGGGGACCGGGUGGGUGAUCCCAGGGGAAUGUCAGAGGAAAUGGGAUUGGGAAUGGACUGGAGAACAAAGGGUCAAAUCCAGAGGAUUUACUGCUGCCAUUCCCAAGGGAUUUUGCAGACAUUGGAAGGGGAAAAACCGGCCUGGAUACGGGAAAAAAAUUCCUAAAAAUUCCAGAAAAUUUCCUAAAAAAGGGGAAAAUCUGUCUGGAAAGAGGAAAAAAAUGUAUUUGAAAAGAGGAAGUACCUGCCUGAAAAGAGGGAAAAAUUUUCCUGGAAAUGGAAAAAAAUCUGCCUGGAAAGGGGAAAAACUCUGCCUGGAAAGGGGAAAAAUGGGGCUUUAAAGGAAUUAUUUUAUUCCCAAAAAUAAUGUGUUUUGUUUUUAAAGCCACUUUUCACUAAAAAAUGAGUAUUGUUUUAGCCUAAAGGAUAGGUGAGGGCAGGUGGAACAUCCCAAAAUAUCCCAAAGCUGCUGGAAUUGAAUCCUGCUGGACAGAGGUGACACAGAAUAGAUUUAAAUACACAAAAAAAAAGAAAUAGAAAUUAAAGAGCCCAAGAAGAAAGAAAAAUAUAACAUCAUUAUUAUUUUUC